UCUGGUAGUUAUAACUAUUGAUGUUAAGCGCUGUUUAAACAAUGUUUUAAUCCAAUUUUCCAGGUAACAAUAGUAUAAAACAAUGUUUAUACAUCGCUUACCAUCAGUAGUUAUAUAACUGGUGUAAACGUAUAUACUCCUUGACUGUAAUCGCACGAGCCGGUAAAAGAGCAGGACCGGUGAAAAAUCUGUAAAAAUUCCGCAACUCGCUUGGGAUGUUUGGAUUGUUAAAUAGGAAUUAACAUUGACAGAAUGGCGCGGAAAGUACCACGUAUAAUAUUCUGGACCAGCACUAUCGCUUCUGCUUUGGUCGGAGCAUAUGGAAUGAAGGCCUGGACGGGAGGAAAGUCGUAUGCAGGAAAAGAGACUUUGGAAGGGAAAGUUGUUAUUAUAACUGGUGCGAAUUCAGGCAUUGGUAAAGAAACGACGUUAGCAUUAGCUAAACGUAAAGCUAAAGUUAUCAUGGCUUGUCGCAAUAUGAAUAAAUGUGAAACGGCACGUCGAGAAAUUGUCCUUGCAACUAAAAACAAAUAUGUAUAUUGUAGAGAGUGCAACUUGGAGUCACAGAAAAGCAUUCGUGAAUUUGUCGAUCUUUUCAAAAAAGAGGAAUCCAAACUGCACAUCCUUAUUAAUAAUGCAGGGGUUAUGCAUUGUCCCAAGAGUUAUACGCAAGAGGGAAUAGAAAUGCACAUGGGUGUCAAUUACAUGGGCCACUUUUUACUUACGAACUUACUUUUAGAUGUUUUAAAAGCAUCGGCGCCAUCAAGAAUUAUAAAUGUCGCAAGUGUGGCAUAUAAACAAGGAAAGAUUAAUAUCUCAGAUUUGAAUAAUACAGAGAAAUAUGAUGCACGUGAAGCGUUUGCGCAGAGUAAACUUGCCCUCAUUAUGUUUACACGAGAACUGGCACGCAAAUUAACUGGUACUGGAGUAACAGUAAAUGCCGUUCACCCAGGAAUUGCCCAUACAGAGAUCAAUCGCAAUUUAAGUUUCCAUAACAGUUAUUUUAGUGCACUAUUUUUAAAACCAUUAACAUGGCCUUUCAUAAAGUCCGCGAAACAAGCUGCGGAAACCAUUAUUAAUUUGGCACUGAAUCCUGAUUUAAACAGUACCAGUGGCUGCUACUUCAGCAAUGGGAAACUAGCUGAAAUAACUGACGAGGCAAAGAACGAUAGCCUAGCAAAGUGGUUAUGGCUAACUAGUGAAAAAUGGACAAAGUUGAACAGUUCUUAGAUACAUAUUUUUGUAGCCCUGGUUGUCAUACUCCGUCAUCUACUAGAAGUGAUUCCAUGUCAGCGUUUUCUAUUUCACUUUUCAAAUCAUUCAAGUCAAUUUGAA